CAUGCACGGCAGUCGCAUCGUGGCCGCGCGGCAGGUCGCACGUGUUUCGCGUUAUGGUGUCCGUAGGGCCGUGGCGGCGCCGCGCGCCGGACGACGACGACCGGUCGGAGCCCGGGGCCUCCAGCUCCGGCGUGCCGCGCGCCCCGCCGAACUGCGCGCGCUGCCGCAACCACCGGCUCAAAGUGGAGCUGAAAGGGCAUAAGCGGUAUUGCAAGUACCGGUACUGUAACUGCGAGAAGUGUAGACUGACGGCGGAUAGGCAGAGGGUGAUGGCGCUGCAGACAGCGUUGAGGCGCGCUCAGGCCCAGGACGAGGCCAGGGCGCGGGCGUCGGACGCGGGGCUCCAUCCUCCAGGGAUCGAGCUAGAUAGGCCAGAGCCUCCUGUGGUGAAAGCGCCGAGGAGUCCCGUGAUCCCGCCGCCGCCGCCUCGUUCCAUGGGAUCGGCGAGCUGCGACUCGGUCCCGGGAUCGCCCGGGGUAUCGCCGUACGCGCCGCACCCGCCGUCCGCUCCGCCUCCGCCGAUGCCGCCGCUCCCGCCUCCGCAACCAGUGGCCCUGGACUCACUGGUAGAAAACUGCCACAAACUGCUGGAAAAGUUCCACUACAGCUGGGAGAUGAUGCCGCUCGUGCUGGUCAUCCUCAACUAUGCUGGCUCCGACCUGGAGGAGGCCUCGCGGAAGAUUGAUGAAGCCUCCUGGGUGGUGCACCAGUGGCGGCUAUACGAGCGCUCGCUGUGCUCGCUGCUGGAGCUACAAGCGCGCAAGGAGUCGUUUUGCUGCUCGCCGCGCUACGUGUUGUCGCGCGAGUACGCGCCGCACCUGCCCGUGCCGCUUAUGCGCUCGCCGCCGCCAGCGCACUUGUAGCCCCACACCGCGCCGCGACAGACGGCGCACGAGCCCACUGAGCCGUCUACUUCGGCCAAACCCGAGUAGGCCCGAGGCCGACCCGAGCCUGACCCGAGAGGAGCCGAGCAGACCCGAGUGGGCCAUUCCGGACUUUACCUAGUUUUAUAUGUGCUAUACGUGUUAGAACACGCAUACUUGUAUAUUAUCACGGACAUUAAGUUGGAGAGUGGUUACCUUAUCAUGUUAACCCGGUCCUUAAAUUAAUUAUUCCCAGAUAUAUUAAGAAAACCAGUGAAUAUUUGUUUAUUUCGCCGGAUGUAUAAUUAACUGUUGUUAAGCAACCAUGAGAAUAUAUUGCGGACAUUUUGCAGCGAGAAAUUUCAUAUUAUCGGUGAUAAUAUUAAACCACUGUGGUUUGGCGGAAAACCACAUUGUUUGUAAUAUUGAAUAAACAUAAAAAAUGGAAGUAUAAGAGCAUUUUCACAUUGUCCUAUCCGAUAUCGGAUGAAGGAUCCCACGUCCGCAAUGUGUACCUACUUGCAACGGUCACGCACACUACAGAAAACAUUAUGCCUAUAAACAUGCGCAUCACACAAAAAAAUUUACAGUCCAACAUGUUUAAAAUUAUCAGAAAUGCCAAUCUGAUAUCGGAUGGCCUCAGAUGAAAAACAGACAGCUUGCUCGAGAGUGCCCUGUGGCAUCCUUUUUUUAGGGUUCCGUAGCCAAAUGGUAAAAAACGGAACCCUUGUGGAUUCGUCAUGUCUGUCUGUCUGUCUGUCUGUCCGUCCGUAUGUCACAGCCACUUUUUUCCGAAACUAUAAGAACUAUACUGUUGAAACUUGGUAAGUAGAUGUAUUCUGUGAACCGCAUUAAGUUCACACAAAAAUAGAAAUAAAACAAUACAUUUUGGGGGUUCGCCAUACUUAGAACUGAAACUCAAAAAAAAAAUUUUCAUCAAACCCAUACGUGUGGGGUUUCUAUGGAUAGGUCUUCAAAAAUAUUGUUGAGGUUUCUAAUAUCAUUUUUUUCUGAACUGAAUAGUUUGCGCGAGAGACACUUCCAAAGUAGUAAAUUGUGUGUCGGGCCCUGUAACUUCUAAAAUAAGAGAAUGAUAAAAUAAAAAGAAAAUAUAUCUCAUGUACAUUACCAUGCAAACGUCCACCGAAAAUUGGUUUGAACAAGAUCUAGUAAGUAGUUUUUUUUUUAAUACGUCAUAAAUCGUAAA